AUGGUUGGAACAGGUCCGGCGCUGAAAUGGGGCAGCAUCUUCGUCCUCACGUCCAUCGGGUACUUUAUCCGCAAACUUUACCAGCAGCGGGUCUUUUUUCGGCGAACGGUCAAAAAGUACAAUCUUCCAACGCUACCUGAUCACUCAUGGCUACUCGGUAACCUCCUCGCCGUGGGCAAAAUCAUGGCCAAGUAUCCUGAUGAUGUCCACGGCCAAUUGAUGCCAGAUUUCCUUGCUCGAGACUACCCUGAAGUUGCGGAGCUGGGCCUGUGUUACAUCGAUCUGUGGCCCAUCUCAUGGCCAAUGUUGGCAACCUUUCAUCCUGACAUCGCAGCGCAGUUCACUCAAGAAACGUCGCGGCCAAAGCAUGAAAUUAUCAGAGGUCAAUUUCGACCAUUGACAGGAUUGAAAGACCUUGUUCUGUCUGAAGGAGCUUUCUGGAAAAAAUGGCGAGCGACCUUCAAUCCCGGCUUUUCGACACAAAACAUCACGGCACUUGUUCCCUAG